GAAUAUGAGAAUAGGAUUCGAGCCUACUCCACACCAGACAAAAUCUUCCGAUAUUUUGCCACCUUGAAAGUCAUCAGUGAGCCUGGUGAAGCAGAAGUAUUUAUGACGCCAGAAGAUUUUGUGCGAUCCAUAACACCCAAUGAAAAGCAACCAGAACACUUAGGUCUGGAUCAAUAUAUAAUAAAACGCUUUGAUGGAAAGGAUUUCUGGCAGAAAAUUUCCCAGGAACGAGAAAAAUUUGCUGAUGAAGGCAGUAUAUUUUACACCCUUGGAGAAUGUGGACUCAUAUCCUUUUCAGACUACAUUUUCCUUACAACUGUUCUUUCCACUCCUCAGAGAAAUUUUGAAAUUGCCUUCAAGAUGUUUGAUUUGAAUGGAGAUGGAGAAGUAGAUAUGGAGGAGUUUGAACAGGUUCAGAGCAUUAUUCGCUCCCAAACCAGUAUGGGUAUGCGCCACAGAGAUCGUCCGACCACUGGCAACACCCUUAAGUCUGGCUUGUGUUCAGCCCUCACAACCUACUUUUUUGGAGCUGAUCUGAAGGGAAAGCUGACAAUCAAGAACUUCCUGGAAUUUCAACGUAAACUUCAGCAUGAUGUUCUGAAGCUCGAGUUUGAACGCCAUGACCCUGUGGAUGGGAGAAUUACUGAGAGGCAGUUUGGUGGCAUGCUACUUGCCUACAGUGGGGUGCAGUCCAAGAAGCUGACCGCCAUGCAGAGGCAGCUCAAAAAGCACUUCAAAGAAGGAAAGGGUCUGACAUUUCAGGAGGUGGAGAACUUCUUUACUUUCCUAAAGAACAUUAAUGAUGUGGACACUGCAUUGAGUUUUUACCAUAUGGCUGGAGCAUCUCUUGAUAAAGUGACCAUGCAGCAGGUGGCCAGGACGGUGGCUAAAGUGGAGCUCUCAGACCACGUGUGUGAUGUAGUGUUUGCGCUCUUUGAUUGUGAUGGCAAUGGCGAGCUGAGCAAUAAGGAAUUUGUCUCCAUCAUGAAGCAACGGCUGAUGAGAGGCCUGGAAAAGCCCAAAGACAUGGGUUUUACUCGCCUCAUGCAGGCCAUGUGGAAAUGUGCACAGGAAACUGCCUGGGACUUCGCUUUACCCAAACAGUAACCCCACACCACAAGAGCGGACCACCUCUCCACCCCCAGUACCCCGGGGCCCCUCCGCAGACCUCGCCAGAGCCAUUUGUGCUGCAGCUUCUGGCAGUAGUCUCCCUUCCUCCUGGGGAUGACCUCAGGAUUCUGUCGGUUUCCCCUCUUUACCCUUCCCUGUCCCCGUGUUCUGCUGGGCUUUGAUUCUGCCCAGUGAUUAUCCCCAUAGAUUCUCAAAAACAUGAACAAGUCUGAAAAGCUCAGACAUUUGGCAGCCUCAGCAGCACUACCCAUUGAGGCACCCUGUGGAUAAAGAACGCAGGGAACCAUCCACACAUCUGCCAACCCUGGGAAGCAUCCAGUUCUCAAAUCGUUGCUGCUGCGGAUUUAUUUUAACAAGAACAUUCCUUGCCUUCCCUCCUGCUGGUAUUUUAAAGCUACAAGUAGGGAAGGUAUCUGGCAGGCAGAAAGAAGUCCAUGAUGAUAAAUGAUGAUGAGGAUGACCUGGGCACCCUACACUAGCGUGGGAAGCCUGCACCCCAGGAAGCAUCUGUGUUAGUCCCUGGGAUGGCGCUGAGGCCUGCUCUAGGAAGGCAGCCUGCUCAGUGGGAACACAGCAAGAUUCAGAAUUUAAAUAGUUGCUUCAUGGCUCUCCCCACUCCCUUUUUUUCCUCAGAGCCUCCCUAAGAUGACUCCAGCGUGACCCUGUGCUUAGUGAGCAGCAGUGAUUGAGUUCAUGUUCCCUGCAAGUGCCAUUUAUUUCCCCUCCAGGAUGGGCCUCUGAAGCUGAGGCCUGGCUCAGAGCCUGUUUGCCCUCUGUUUUAAACACUUGUAAAAUAUCACUUUAAUUAUAACCGUUUGCAAUAAACAUC